CGCGCUCUGAGAGCAGGCACAUUACUUCAAGCCACGUUUGGCCUUCACAAGUCAGAAGAUUGGAACAUGGGAGACUUCCAAGAUGUUUUAAGUGCGAAUUUUCAGCAGCUGUUUGAGGAUGUUUCAGACCUCUGCCUCCCUGUCGACGGACAUGUGGCCGAGCUGUCGGAGGUGCCGUCGCCGACAGCUUUUCUUCGAGACUGGUACUCGCAGAACAAGCCCUUCAUCGUCCGGGGGGCUAUCAAAGACUGGCAGGCCUUCAAACAAUGGACACCCAAGUAUUUCAGAGAAACUUUUGGCGAGAAGCCGGUGACAGUGGCGGUUACUCCGGACGGUUACGCCGAUGCCAUUGCCGGGGAGUACCUGGCCCUGCCGGAGGAGCGGAGCAUGCCUAUGGCACAGUUCCUCGACAUUCUGGAGGAGCCCAGCAGGCACAACGGCGUGUUCUACAUUCAGAAACAGAACUCCAACCUUACCGACGAACUACCGGAGCUUCUGAACGGCGUGCCUAGCGACAUCUCGUGGAUGUCGGAGGCACUAGACAAGUCGCCGGACGCCGUUAACUUCUGGAUGGGCGACGGAAGAGCUGUGACGUCACUGCACAAGGACCACUACGAGAACAUCUACUGCGUGGUGCGCGGCCACAAAGACGUGACGCUGCUGCCGCCGGCGUCGCACGGCUGCGUGGCCGUCAACUACUGGUACGACAUGGAGUUCGACGUCAAGUUCUGCUACUACAAGCUGCUGGAGGGGCUCAGUGAGGCGAGGUGA